GAGCGAGGCCUCCCGCGCAAAUCAAAGCCAUCUAAUGUCUCUGUUCCUCUCGCAGUUGUUCUUGAGGUGAAUAAAGAAGAAGUGAAUUGUUUUCAGGUAAGAAUGAAAGCAGUGAAGAAGAAAGGAGAACGAUCUUUGAUAGAGUAAGCAAAAUAGAGCUUCAGUGCAGAAUCGCAUAAGCAAAUCGGAGCCGAUGGAGCUGAGUCUGAGCGGCAACUCUCUCAAAACUUUUGCUCGUUGCAUCACUUGCCUUGCACGUAUCGGUCACGAGCUCGCCAUCGAAGCUUCUCCUUCUCAGCUUGCUUUUUACACUCUCAAUUCAUCACGGUCCGCUUAUCAGGCUAUAACAUUUAAGCCUCAUUUCUUUGAUGUUUAUACAAUAAUGGCAGCCCAGGUGCAAUGUAGCGUGCUCUUGAAGGCUGUUUGUUCUGUUCUAAGGACGCCUGUUGCAAGUGUUGAUCAUCUGAGCAUUCGUUUGCCCAACUCUGAUGCAUCAAAAGUGCAAUGGACUUUAGACUGCCUUAACGGUGUGAAGAAAGCCUACUGGAUUACCUGCAACAUUGAACCAGACAUUCAACAUCUUUCUCUUGAUAGGACACGCUUUCCAAGUAACUUUGUAGUGAGGCCUCGAGAUUUCAACAGAUUGCUAGCAAACUUCCAGUCAUCCCUUCAGGAGAUUAUAAUCAUAGCCACCAAUCCCACUUCUUUACCUUCUGAUGCAGCAAGUGAUAUAGGAGGGAAAGCAGUUGAGCUUAGAAGUUAUACUGACCCAACGAAAGAGGAUAGUGAUGCAGCCUUACACACCCAACUGUGGAUAGAUCCUAAUGAAGAGUUUUUGCAAUAUACACACUGCGGUGAUCCUGUGGAUGUGACAUUUGGAGUGAAGGAACUGAAGGCAUUUCUGUCCUUCUGCGAGGGAUGUGAGGUUGACAUUCAGUUAUUUUUUGAAAAAGCUGGCGAGAACAGGCCAAUUCUAAUGGCUCCAAAAUUUGGUCUAGAUGAUGGCUCCAGUUCAGACUUUGAUGCAACACUGUUCCUUGCAACCAUGCUUGCGUCACAGCUUCAUGAAGGAAACCUUUCAGAGAAUCCACCCUUGGCCACCACCUCACACUGUCAGGCUGAUCAAGGAACAGGAUCUCAAGCACAAAGAGAAAGAUUCAGAGUUGCAACUUCUGAGCAUCCAUCUGACCACACCAAAAUCUGGUCUGAACUUUCAGCAAGUGCCAAAAGUGGCAAUGGUGCGGAAGAAAGACAUGUUCAAGUGGAAAUGAAUUCAAAUGCUAAUGUGCUGGCUGGAAGGGGGAGGUCUAAGACAGUGGAUAAUUCAAAGACUGGAUCUGCAAUAAGAAAUAUGCCUGAUGGGUCUGAUCUCGAGCAUCGCGUGGAAAUAGAUCACGAGGAAGAGCCACAAGUGAGGGCUGAAAUGAACAAUCCAAGUUGGUCACAACAUCACCGUAGUAAUUGGGUAGGCACAGGUGAUGACAAUGAUGAAGAAGAGGAAGGUGAAUUAUUUGUUCAGUCAACACCUCCAUACUAGGACAAGCAAUUAUUCUAGCGGAAGCUUGUUUCAGUUCUUUGAGAAAAUGGAAAGAAAUGUUUUCAUUCUGUUUCCUAUUGUAAAUGACCAUUUCUCUCCUCGUGAUACAUGUACUGUUGUAACUGCUCCUUUCUUUUACAUCAAUUUAUCUCAAUUAGAU